AUGGAGGUGGCCGAGAGCAGAGAUGCCAAUUCCGUUGGUCCGCCAACUGGGGCCGACUCUGCCGCCACCAAUGGCGAACAAAAUCCCUAUUUAGAUGAUUCGCUUAUUGAUGAUGACGGACGAUCGAGUAGUCUGAGUGAAAUCGAUGAUCUCUCCGAGAACAUUCCGUCCGAUUACGAGUCUCCGAAGCCAGAGCAAACAGCCCCGGACGACUCCGAGGCGGAAACCGAGCGGAUUGAGGAUUCUCCUAACAAUCUUCGCUCGAGAACAAACAUUGUCGUGAGCGCAGGCAAUUGCGGACCUAGCCCCAGCAAGUUGGCCCAGUCGACCACGUACGAUGACGUCGAAGACGAUGACGAACAAGUGGCCGAUGAUUCUCCCAGCAAGCCUCGCUCGAAAAGCAACCGGGUCGCCGAGCCCGCUGACGAAAUUCCCAGCGUGGAAGAUUCCACUCUUUCGGAAGGGUUCAAUAAGAAGCGGAAACGGCUCGAGUCCGGGGACGACGUGAGCGCUGAGAUUGACGAAGAAGAUGAACCUCCUCUGAAGCGUCGCGGCUCCGUGAAGAGCGAACUAAGCGAUCCGCCGGCGGAAGACAUUGCGCUGUCUCCCGAACCCGUGGAAGAAUCCACGAAACCCAACGAGGAUGACACCCCUGCUGAUGACGUACCUGAAUCAGACCUGCCCGCACCUCCAGCCAAAGGUAAAAAGGCGAAGAAGGGCAAACGAAAAACAAGGAAGACUCGAGAUGCCGACGAAGAAGUGGACGGUGCCGCUGAAACCGGAGCCGAAGGUGGCGCCGACGAUAACCUGGGAGAUGACGAUGCAGAGCGUGGAGAAGAAGCAGACGACGGUGAAGCAGCUGCCAAGCUCGAAGAAGAAUCGGCGAAAAAGAUGUCUGCCAUGGAAUCGCUGGCGGUUCUGGAACGUGAAUUUGCAACCCUACGUGACAAGAUCUAUGACGAGCGAAUUUCCAAGUUGAAUCGGGAACUGGAAAUGCUAAGCGGCCCCAACCCAACACAUCCGGAAUUCUUGCGGCAGCUUGAAUGUGUUCAGCGAUAUCGGGAUGCUAAGAUCAACUACGAACACACAUUGUUCCAGUACCGAAUAAAAACUCUCUUGAACAAGAGCUUAGCAGAGCGGGCCCAAUCCCACAGCAGUUACUUCCAACGGGCACGCGAUAUCCGCGAAAGACACUCGAGCUCCAUCAGCAAGCAGUUUUACUCCAUCCAACAUGAUCGAUUCAAGACCGACGAGGUCAGCCCGCAGCAUUACAUUCCGUUUCCUACCCGACGUUCGCAGCAGAUCGCCCAGCAGACUGCGUACAACCAGGAAGUAUCAGUCAUGGCCGGUGUCGCAAAAUACGUUGGCUUUCCGGCGGCGCCUUCGCUGCCUGCCGCACGUCCCACCGAGCUCGAGGAUGAUUUGGAGAAGAUGGGCAUUUCUAUUGAGACCAGAUUCCCUGUCACUCAGCCUCAGACAAAUGCCCCUCCACGUGGAACGAUGUCGGCCAUGUCCUCGAAUGCCUUCCGCGCCGCUGAGGAGGCAUUCUUGGAACAGACUCCUUGGGCAAAUCCGCAGCAUCCGAUCCAUCACCAUCACCAUCACCACCAUCCACAACAACAGCAUCAGCAGCAGCAAAUACCCCAACGACCCCAAAGUCGAGUGUUUGAGGACUCGCGGGCCCCUGCGUACACAACUCCAGCGGCCCAGAAGCGAGUCGUGGACAUCAAUGCGCCUAAUGGAUCGGCUUCUACAAUUGCAGAGAACUUGUCGGCUGCGAAUUCCUCAACAAAUAAUACCCCAUACGGCACAGAACAGGAACCACCGCAUCAAAAACUCGGGCCAUUUGGAAAUCCCGAGUAUGAUCCUGACCGACGGACUGGAUUUCGAUCGCUAAGCUCCUCACCACUUGAUGUACGAAAACCACAGCCGUCUGCAUAUGGUGGCACCGUCGAUCAUCGAUCGCCUCAAGGGGCCUCGCGCAAUGCUUAUUCCCCAACCCCUGCACGACUUGGUCUCUUCCACUCAACGGGUCCGAACUCCUCGCCUCCCCUAGCAACAAAACCGGUCAAUUCAAUGCAUCAAUCAGCGGGGAUACUAGGCGGGUCAGGCUCGAAUUCCAUGGCAGCCCGAUAG